GAGUUGCUGUUGCAGGGCUGGCUUUGUGGCGAGGUUGGCCAGGCCUUGGCCGUCCCACGGCUCUUCUUCUCGCCUGCGAAGGCGGCAGAGCUGAGCUUCCAGGGCUUCGCGACCUCUGGAACUACGCCCACAAGUGUGCACCCACAGCGUGGAUCCAAGCGUGAGACGCUACGGCGUCUGGUCACAGGUCAAGUGAGCUGCAGGUGUCAUCAACUACUCCGACGUGUCCUCACGCUGGAUGACAUGCACAUUCUCGAGUCUGCGGGCAUGGAUGCGCUGAUACUGCUCCGCUUCUGCGCGCUGUGUGGCCGAUUCUGUGCGCUUUGCGGUGUUUGGUGCCUUUGCCUGGUGCCUGCCUACUCUGCGCCUUGGAUGGCCGGAGAACUGAAAGAGGGCUCGCCGGGAUCAUUGGCGCUCUACAGCUUGUCGAACGUGCCUGCGGGCAGCAUCAGGCUGUGGCUGGUCGUGCCGACGGCCUAUCUUUGCAACCUAGCGCUUUGUGGAUUGCUGUGGAAGGAGUACGAGCAUUUCGUGAAGCUCCGUCGCAGCUGGCUUGGCGGCGAUGUGCAGGAUGGCCUGCAGUCCUUAGAUGCCGCGAUAGAUGCCGCCUACGAUGCAGGAUCUCGGCACCUGCAAACCGCCGCGCGUCGCGCUUUUUCGAGCCCGAGCCUGGCGCCACAGCCGAGCCGGACGAUCGGACCAAUAGUGGGCAACAUGGUGAUGACUCCGCGGCAGUACGCUGCG